AUGUCGACUACAAUAUGCAAUUACUUUGUUGCUGUGGUACUAACUCACGCCUUCCUUGUUCUGGGCAUUGAUACCCUCCAGGACAAGCCUGGAAGUGCAAAGGGCGGCGGCAGGCAGAAGGGGAGGGGGUGGACGCUCAAUGACUUCGAAAUUGGGAGGCGCCUUGGCCAAGGGAAAUUCGGGAAGGUGUACAUGGCGAGGGAGAGGCGCUCAGGCUACGUCGUCGCAAUGAAGGUUCUGCAAAAGAAGCAGCUGUCCAAGUCCGGCGUGGAGCACCAGCUGCGACGGGAGAUCGAGAUUCAAUCGCACCUCCGACACCGCAACAUCCUUCGUAUGUUGGCGUUCUUCUACGAUCACAAGAGGAUCUAUCUUGUCCUAGAGCUGGCCAGCGGCGGAGAGCUGUACAAGUCGUUGGUUGACGUGGGCCAUUUCAGCGAGCGGCGGGCGGCUGUGUACGUGAAGGAAGUGGCCGAUGCUCUGAGCUACUGCCACUCAAAACACGUGAUCCACCGCGAUCUCAAACCCGAGAACCUUCUGGUCGGUCACAACGGAGAGCUGAAGAUCGCGGACUUCGGGUGGUCGGUGCACGCCCCGUCCAAUAGGCGCCAGACGUUCUGCGGCACCCUCGACUACCUGCCCCCGGAGAUGGUGGAGGGGAAGGACCACAACGAGUCCGUGGAUAUCUGGGCCCUGGGCGUGCUCAUGUACGAGCUUCUCGUCGGCACCCCGCCGUUUGAUUCCCAGGGCCACAGCGCCACCUACAGGCGGAUCAUCAGCGUCGACCUCCAAUACCCUGCUCACGUGUCUUCGGAAGCCCGAGAUUUGAUUGGCCGACUCAUCCGCAAGAAAGCGUCCGCCCGUCUCCCGCUAGAGAUGGUGCCACAGCACCCCUGGAUCAUCAAGUGGACAUCUGCAUAAGAGUCGCCCUUUGGAGCUAAAACCCUCGCCAAGUUUAUUU